AUGACCGCCUCGACCGACCCGGCCGAGCCCUCCUUGCCCCCUCCGACGACUGACGACGGCAACAACAGCACCGCUUCGCUCACCGCCCUCGAGGCCGCCUCGGUGCUCCAGAGCCUGCGCGACACCCAGCCCGCGCCCCAUCUCGAGCAGCCCCUCGGCAUCGCCCUCGAUCUUGAUCGCGACCUCCAGCACCUCGCCUCGUACCCGGCCUCGCACUACUGGGAUGCGUCGGCCAUGGCACCGCUCAAUCCAACUUCGGCGGCCGCCAUCGCCCGCUUGCGCGCCUACAGGCCCCCGCCCUUCCCGACUUGGGACCGCCUGCCCGUAAGCCGCCGCGCCGCCGUGCUCGUGUUGCUGUUUGCGGACCGACGCGGCGACCUGCGUGUCGUCAUCACCAUGCGAGCGGCGAGCCUGCGGAGCUUCUCUGGCCAUGCAGCGUUCCCAGGAGGCAAGGCGGACUCGUUGACUGAAACACCGUACCAGAUAGCGCGGCGCGAGGCGUGGGAGGAGAUCGGGCUGCCGAUGGACGACGCCAAGAUCCCGCGGCCCUUCCGGAUCGAGCCGCUGUGCUGCCUGCCGUGCAGCCUGGCCAAGACGGAGCUGGCGGUGCGGCCGUGCGUCGCGUUCCUGCACGCCGACGACGUGCCGGGCCGGCCGGCCGCCCUGGUCGACGAGAGCAUGAUACCGCGCCUGGACGCCAAGGAGGUGGCCGCCGUCUUCUCGGGGCCACUGCACAACUUCCUGCGCGCCGAGGACGAGCCGACCGCGGGCGAGACGCCCCCCGACGGCGACUGGUACGACGGCCGGUGGGCCGAGUGGCACGACGAGCCGUGGCGGGUGCACAACUUCUGGGUGCCCGUCAACAACCAGCGCGUGACCAAGCCCAAGGUCAGGGACGGCGGGCAGGCGGCCCUCGCCGACGAGCUCGAGGCCGAGGAGGACACGACCCAGCGCUUCCUGGUCUGGGGUCUGACGGGGCGGAUGCUGGUGGACACGGCACGCAUCGCCUACGGGGAGGAGCCCGAUUUCGAACACAACCCGCACUACGGCGACGAGAAGAUAAUAGCCCGGCUGGAGAGCCAGGGGCGGCUGCCCGAGAAGAAGAGGAGGGAGGUCGGCCUCGAUGCGGUCAAGGACGAAGUCAAGGAUGCCAAGAUGUAG